CUUCCCCUUUCAAAUCAAAUCCCCUCCCCCGCCGCCCUUCUCUAUAAACCCUAGCCGAGGCGAGGGAGCGCGCACCCCACUCCCCGAUACGUUCCCCCGCGUCGCCGCCGCCUAAUGGCGACCCCGCUGCCGCCGCAGCCGCCGAGGCGCGUCUCCUGCGGCUCUCUUCUCCAGGAACUGCAGGAAUUAUGGGGAGAAAUUGGUCAGGAUGAAAUGGAAAGGGAUAGGAUGAUACUGCAGCUGGAGGAGGAUUGUCUCAACGUAUACAGGAAAAAAGUGGAUCAAACUAGGAGGCAGAAGGCUGACCUGCUUCAAGCGCUGUCCGUUGGUGAAGCUGAUAUAGAUAAAAUCCUUUCUGCUCUUGGAGAGCGUGAAUCCUUUCCCAGGUCAGAGAAGCUUGGGGGCACAUUAAUGGAACAACUUGCGAAAAUAGAGCCAGUGCUGAGAGAUUUGAGACAGAGGAGAGAUGAGCGAGUGAAUGAGUUCAGGGCUGUUCUGUUGCAGAUAGUUCGUCUACAAUCAGAAAUUUCAGGAACCAUUGAUCAUGGGGACCCCACUGCUCCUGUGGUAGAUGAGAAUGAUCUAUCCUUAAAGAGAUUAGGGGAAUUGAGGUUGCAGCUCAACGAGCUUCAGACAGAAAAGAAUCUCAGGCUGCAAAAGAUCGACAUCCAGAUCAACUGUGUUAAUGAAAUGUGCAGCAUAUUGUCUCUUGAUCUUAAGAAGGCAUUGUAUGACGUUCAUCCCAGUUAUGCUGAGUUGGGAAGAAGCAAACCUGUGAGUAUUAGCAAUAGCACACUCGAGAGGCUUGCAGGAAAAGUUCAUGCAUUAAAUCAUGAAAAGAAACAAAGACUUAGGAAGCUCCAAGAUCUUGGCAGCACACUCAUUGAGUUAUGGAACCUCAUGGACACACCAGUUGAUGAACAAAGAUGUUUUGACCAUGUUACUUCUCUUAUUAAAGUUUCACCUAAUACAGCGAUGCCCGAAGGAUGCCUUGCACAUGACCUUAUUGAGAAGGUCGAGAUUGAGGUUAAGAGGCUGACUCAUUUGAAAGCCAGCAAAAUGAAAGAACUAGUCUUCAAGAAAAUGACUGAGCUUGAAGAAAUCUAUAGAAGUGUUCAUAUGGAUAUUGAUAGUGAUUCUGAGCGGCGAAUCCUCAAUGAUCUAAUUGAUUCCGGUAGAGCAGAUCUCUCGGAGUUGUUGGCAGGAAUGGAUGAUCGAAUUGUGGAGGCAAAAGAACAUGCUCUAAGCAGAAAAGACAUAUUAGAAAAGGUGGAGAAGUGGAAAUCAACAUCUGAAGAGGAGAUUUGGCUUGAUGAAUAUGAAAGGGAUCAGAACCGCUACAAUGCUGGUCGAGGAGCUCACAUAAAUCUCAAGCGUGCGGAGAAAGCUAGGGUAUUGGUCAGCAAAAUUCCAUCUCUUCUGGAGAAUUUGACUGCUAAAAUUAAAGUGUGGGAGAAAGAGAAGGGUAUUCCAUUUAUGUUUGAUAAGGUGAGGCUGUUGGAUAAUUUAGAAGAGUACACCUCUUCAAGACAGCAAAAAGAAGAGGGAAAGCGUCAUUCAAGGGAACUGAAGAAGCUGCAGGAACAGUUUGCAGCAGAGCAAGGUGCCAAGUUUGGAAUAAAGCCAAGCCCUAUCCGUCCUCUUCCUGCAAGGAAGCCUCUUGGCCAGAGCUCUAAUGUCAAUAUUGUUGUUGGAACUCCAACAAGCCGCCGUGUUUCUACACCGAUGUCUCGGAAGGGAGGGCUGUCAUCUGGAAAGGUGAAGGAAGCUGCGAAGACAACUGUGGCACCAGCAAACUAUGUUGCAAUUCCGAAGGAUUGCUCAAACAAUUCUUCCCUCUGAGCAUAGUCACCACCUAUAAGUUGGAGCUAGUCUAAUCGUUGCUUGAUUUCUCAUUUUAUCGACCUAUAUAGGUUAGCUUCUUGCUAAUGCCUAAAAGUUGCUUACCCCAAUGCCUGAUGCUCACUUUCAGACUAAGUUUCUAUUCUCCAUAAUAUAAUUUUUUCUCCUCCUUUGAACA